GACCGGCCUGCCAGCCUUCCGGCGCCGCCUGAUGACGUGAGCGCUGGGGGCCGGAAGGACGGACCCACUUCGCAGGGGUGUUCCGCUUUCUCGGGCCCCGCGGAGCCUGUCGGGCCGCAAGGUUCCCGAGCAGGGCGAUGACAGAGUACAAGCUGGUGGUGGUGGGAGCUGGCGGCGUUGGCAAAAGCGCCCUGACCAUUCAGCUCAUCCAGAACCACUUCGUGGACGAGUACGACCCGACCAUAGAGGAUUCAUAUCGGAAACAGGUAGUUAUUGAUGGUGAGACCUGUUUGCUAGACAUUCUGGAUACUGCAGGGCAGGAGGAGUACAGUGCUAUGCGAGACCAGUACAUGAGAACUGGGGAAGGCUUCCUCUGUGUCUUUGCCAUUAACAACAGCAAAUCAUUUGCUGAUAUCAAUCUCUACAGAGAGCAGAUUAAGAGAGUGAAAGAUUCAGAUGAUGUGCCUAUGGUGCUAGUGGGAAACAAGUGCGACUUGCCCACAAGGACAGUGGAUACAAAACAGGCUCAAGAACUAGCCAAGAGCUAUGGGAUCCCCUUCAUUGAGACGUCAGCCAAAACAAGACAGGGUGUCGAAGAUGCCUUUUACACGUUGGUGAGAGAGAUCCGCCAAUACCGGAUGAAAAAGCUCAACAGCAGUGAAGAUGGGAAUCAAGGCUGCAUGGGAUUGUCAUGCAUUGUGAUGUGAUAAGAUGACCCUAUCGGAGCUCAGCUGCACUGACUUUUCAGUUUAAAACAGUGAGAGGACUGAGAGAUCAUAGGAAAAAGAAGAAAUUUCAGCCUUCAAAGUCAUUCUUGGUUUCUGAUGUGAAUCCUCUGACCUUGACAUCCAAUCCAAAAAGAUUUUAAGCAAAUGAAGCCUUUAUAGGGUAAUAAUGUGCAGGAGACAUUGGUUUUAUAGGAUUUAAAUAAAAGAAUCAUCCAGACGGUGAUGUGGGGUCUGGGUUCCUAAAACCAAGUCUCAGAUUUUAUUAUUUAUAAAGCUUAAUCAAAGGAGCAGGGAUAGAAGGAAGCAGUGCAAGCCCUGGCUUUAGUCAGCAGUCUUCUAUAUCUCACAGUGUCUUAGACCAAGAUCAUAAAGCCCAGGCCCGAGGAGAGAGCAUAGAAAUCUCUCUUGAUUGACAAUAGGGUCUGGGUCAUGAUGAGGCUCCCAGGUGCUAAGGUAAUACAAAUAAAUAAUCAUAACAUGAGACGGACCAUCCCACCAUUCUCCUGAUUGCCAGCUGCAUGUUCAUUUGCAGGCAAGUAAAGCAACUCAUUUGCCAAGAGUCUUUGGCAAAGGGCAGGUCCCAAUGUACCAUCAUGGAAGAUAACUGGAGAGUGUAAAAAUCAGUGAUAUAGUCCAAGAGCCCCUGAGAGUAUCUUGAUUAUAACCCAGCUGAGGAUUAACAUGAGAAGCAGUGACACCCACAGAACUUGAAUGAAAUGUUUCUGAAAGGUUCUUUGAGUGACUUGGAAAUGAUUUGUGAAGGUGCUGGACUGGUGGCACUUCUGCUGUAGGCUUCCUGUGUGACCUUGGAUAAAUAAUUUAUUCUCCCUGUCUCAGUUCCCCAUCUGCAAAAUGUGGAUAAUACUUCCUUUAGACCAUCCAGCUGUUUAGACUGUAAGCUCCUUGGGGUAGUGUCACUAUGUGUAUGCACAGUGUGUAGCACGAUGGGCUCCUGAACUCAGCUGAUGUCUCUAGGGCCCACAGUAAUGCAAAUAAUAAAACAAUAAGGUCUUCUCGCAG